CUCCUCCGCCUGUGAGCGCGCGGGGACGCGGGAGCGAACGUCAGAGAUCCAAGGACAGAGCGGCGCGCGAGCAUCAGGUCACCGGGAGUCCGCGAGCAUCACGAGACCGAACCGAGACACGACGGACCGGAACCAGCGGGGGACAGGAGAGGACAACCGGAGGACGGAACCGGAGACAAGAACCGGAGAGGAGAACCGGAGCUUCUGAAUCAACAGGACGCAUCACGGAGCAGAACCGGGACCCGCCGAGCUCCGGGGUCUCCGUCUGAGGACGAACCGAGCAGCACCGGAGCUCCACCGGGUCACACAUUCACGGAAAAACCAACAACCUUUAACUCAAAGGACCCGGAGCUGCCCGGUACCGACAGAAGCGACGGAGGGAAUCAACAGGAGACCGGAGAACGACGCAGUUAACCGGAGAACCAGGACUAGAACCAGGACCAGAACCACGACCUUCAGCUGUAUCAUGUUGCCCCAGGGCGUGCUGCUGCUGGCGGUGCUGCAGUGCUGCUCGGUGGCUCUGUGCGGCUGUGAGCCCCGCCAGGUGAACGUGGGGGCGGUGCUUAGCCAGAAGCGCUAUGAGCAGGUGUUCAAGGAGGCGGUGCUUCAGGCCAACGCUCUGUACGGCCGAGACAAGUUCAAGAUGAACGCCAUCUCAGUGACGCACAAACCCAACGCCAUCCAGAUGGCGCUGUCCGUCUGCGAGGACCUCAUCUCCAACCAGGUUUAUGCCAUCCUGGUCAGCCAUCCCCCUCAGUCCAACGACCACCUGACGCCGACGCCGGUCUCCUACACGGCCGGGUUCUACCGGAUCCCUGUGGUCGGCCUGACGACACGCAUGUCCAUCUACUCCGACAAGAGCAUCCACCUGUCCUUCCUGAGGACGGUGCCUCCAUACUCCCACCAGGCCCACGUCUGGUUCGACCUGAUGAGAGAGUUCAGGUGGAACCACAUCAUCCUGAUCGUCAGCGACGACCACGAAGGUCGAGCUGCUCAGAAGAGACUGGAGACGCUGCUGGAGGAGCGAGAGACCAAGACUAAAAACAGGAACUAUGAAAACCUCGACCAACAGAACUUUGACUUCAGGAGAACACCCAAGGCCGAGAAGGUUCUGCUGUUCAGCCCGGAGACCAACCUGACGGCGCUGCUGCUGGAGGCCAAAGACCUGGAGGCCCGAGUCAUCAUCCUCUCUGCCAGUGAGGACGAGGCUGCUGCCGUCUACAAAGCUGCCCGGCAGCUCAACAUGACCGGUUCUGGUUACGUUUGGCUGGUUGGAGAACGAGAGAUGACGGGCAAAGCUCUGAGUGAAGCUCCAGACGGCCUGCUGGGCCUCCAGCUGAUUAACGGUAAGAACGAGUCGGCCCACAUCGCCGACGCCGUGGCGGUGGUCGCUCAGUCGCUACAGGAGCUGUUUGAGAAGGAGAACAUCACGGAGCCUCCGCGGGGCUGCGUAGGAAACACCAACAUCUGGAGGACCGGGCCGCUCUUCAAACGGGUGCUGAUGUCAUCAAAGUACCCCGACGGCCUGACGGGACGAAUCGAGUUUAACGACGACGGCGACCGGCGCUUCGCCACCUACAGCAUCCUGAACUACCAGCAGAAACCAGGGCGCCUCGUCCAGGUCGGAGUCUUCAACGGCUCACAGGUUGUCAUGAACCCUCAGAGAAAAAUCAUCUGGCCUGGAGGAGAAACCGAGAAACCAGUCGGAUACCAGAUGUCGACAAAACUCAAGAUUGUGACGAUCCAUCAGGAACCUUUUGUUUAUGUAAAACCCACAAAGACUGACGGGACGUGUAAGGAGGAGUUCACCGUUAACGGAGUUCUCAUCAAGAAGGUCAUCUGUACCGGACCCAACGGAACCAUACCAGGUCAACCCAUCGUUCCUCAGUGUUGCUAUGGUUUCUGCAUCGAUCUGCUCAUCAAGCUGGCCAUGAGCAUGAACUUCACCUACGAGGUUCACCUGGUGGCUGACGGCAAGUUUGGAACACAGGAACGGGUGAACAACAGCAAUAAGAAGGAGUGGAACGGGAUGAUGGGGGAGCUGCUCGGAGGUUUAGCCGACAUGAUCGUAGCUCCUCUCACCAUCAACAAUGAGCGCGCUCAGUACAUCGAGUUCUCCAAACCGUUUAAAUAUCAGGGGCUCACCAUCCUCGUCAAGAAGGAAAUCCCUCGCAGCACUCUGGAUUCGUUCAUGCAGCCGUUCCAGAGCACACUGUGGCUGUUGGUCGGUCUGUCGGUCCAUGUGGUGGCAGUGAUGCUUUACCUACUAGACCGGUUCAGCCCGUUUGGAAGGUUUAAAGUGAAUAGUGAAGAAGAAGAAGAAGACGCCCUCACCCUGUCCUCCGCCAUGUGGUUCUCAUGGGGAGUACUGCUGAACUCUGGCAUCGGAGAGGGAGCUCCACGGAGCUUCUCGGCCAGGAUUCUGGGGAUGGUGUGGGCAGGAUUCGCCAUGAUCAUCGUAGCUUCCUAUACUGCUAACCUGGCAGCCUUCCUGGUGCUGGACCGGCCUGAGGAGCGCAUCACUGGCAUCAAUGACCCCAGGCUGCGUAACCCAUCAGAUAAGUUCAUCUACGCCACAGUGAAGCAGAGCUCGGUGGAUAUUUACUUCAGACGGCAGGUGGAACUGAGCACCAUGUACCGGCACAUGGAGAAACACAACUACGAGAGCGCCGCUGAGGCUAUCCAGGCUGUCCGAGACAACAAACUCCACGCCUUCAUCUGGGACAGUGCUGUGUUGGAGUUCGAAGCAUCGCAGAAGUGCGACCUGGUGACGACGGGAGAACUGUUCUUUCGCUCCGGCUUCGGGAUCGGAAUGAGGAAAGACAGUCCAUGGAAACAGAACGUUUCUCUGGCUAUUCUCAGCUCUCAUGAGAAUGGCUUCAUGGAGGACCUGGACAAGACGUGGGUUCGAUACCAGGAGUGCGACUCAAGGAGCAACGCGCCGGCUACCCUCACCUUCGAGAACAUGGCAGGUGUGUUCAUGCUAGUCGCCGGAGGAAUCGUCGCUGGGAUCUUCCUCAUCUUCAUCGAGAUCGCCUACAAACGGCACAAAGAUGCCCGCAGGAAACAGAUGCAGCUCGCCUUUGCCGCCGUCAACGUGUGGAGGAAGAACCUGCAGCCAUAUCCGACUGACAUCACUGGACAGCUCAACCUAUCAGAUCCCUCCGUCAGCACCGUGGUCUGAGAGAGGGAGGAGAGCGAGCGAGGAGCUGCUGCUGAGCCACAAAACACACAACAGGCACACAACAGACACACAACACACAACAGACACACAACACACACAACAGACACAACACACACAGAACACAACAGACACACAACAGAUGGGAGGACGACAACAUGUUGACAUCAGGACAUUUCUGUCUACACUAAAGAGGACCUCACAUGGAGGAUUAACACCUUGGUCCUCACAAAGAUAGUAACACUAACACACAUACACACACAGUAACACACACAAAGACACACAUAUUAACACACACACACUCCUCCUUGCUUGUAGCUGUCAGCCUCCAUCCAGAGGGUCUUUUAUUUUGAAAGAACCAACCUGGUUUUAUUUUGAUUGUAAUUCUGUUCCUGUUAAUCACAAUGAUUGGUUGCACUGGCCUGGUUCGACCACCAGUUUAUUCUAUCUGCUUCUAACUGGUUUCUACUGGUUAUAUGUGGUUCUAUGUGGUUCUAUCUGGUUCUAUCUGGUGACGCCUUUGUUUCUCAACUUGAGCUCAUGAAAUCCAACACAGCUGUUUCCUUUAAACGUGAACACAAACCUGUCAAUAAGGAACCACUGAUGGAGAACCCGUCGAUGGAGAACCCGUCGAAGGGGAACCCGUCGAUGGGGAACCCGUCGAUGGGGAACCCGUCGAAGGGGAACCCGUCGAUGGGGAACCCGUCGAUGGGGAACCCGUCGAUGGGGAACCCGUCGAAGGGGAACCCGUCGAAGGGGAACCCGUCGAUGGGGAACCCGUCGAUGGGGAACCCGUCGAAGGGGAACCCGUCGAAGGGGAACCCACUGAUGGGGAACCCGUCGGUGGUAGAGCUGGUUUCUAUCAGUGUUGGGCGGAGCCUCUGAAACAGAAAGUUUAGCAGAACUACAAACAUGUCCUGAAUCUCUAAACCUGACUGAGGUGUUCCACCACUAAGGCUGCUGGGUAAUGUAGUCUGUAGAGAGACUGAUCUGAUUGGAUCGUGAUGCUGUUUGCACGUGCUCAGUGUCAAAGCUCUUAGAGGAACACGUUUCCUGUUUGUACAGAAACGUUCUCAAAGGCUUAAAAGACGUUUAGGAUGAAAUGAAAACUCUACAGUGUGAAAGAACUUUUCAAAUGUCCGGUUUGUUCUUUUAUUUUCUUAUAUGAGAUAAAAACUCCGUGAAAAUCAGGAUUUCUAUGUGGAUUUAUCAUCAGUCUAAAGUGUUCCACAGAAACCAAUGUUCCCCUAGUUCUCAUUAAUAUCACAGUGGAACUCACUGGUUGGAAAUAGUUUUUGUAUUAAAUAAUUUAACUGUUCAGCUGCAUUUUGUCUAAGAUUCUCCACACUGUAGAAAUAUAGAAAUAUUGGAAGAAUAAUUCAUAUUCAUGUUUAUCUUAAUUAUUUGGUUUUAAAACCGUCACAUUUGAAGAUAAUGGAUGAACGCUCCUCCAGUGGUUCUCCAGGAGAACAUUAAAGGACUUUUACAGGAAUUUAUGAUUUUUUAAACUAUUAUUUCAUGAUCAGAGCAGCAGUUGUUCAGGUGAACAAACUUUGUGUUCCCAGAGGCUCCGCCACCGCUCCCAGGGCCUGCUGGGAGUUGUAGUCACUGCCCCUCCUCCUGUGAUGUCAUCUGUCUACCUCCUGCCAAUCAGAAGCUGAUGUCCUGUGGAAACCUCCUAACUCCAGUGGGCCUGUUCACUCAGGUCUGCUGGAGUUAGGAGGUUUCCACAAACACCCAAUCAGACGAGAAGAUGAAAGCCGAGAACGUCACUGAGACAGGAAGGCUUUUAUUUUGAAAGACAGGUGUUUUGUGGUCACCUUUAGGUCACAUUUAAACUCACAGAGAUGUGAACAGUCACAGCUCACUUUGAGUUUGUACAAAACAACAACAUAAAAAGAAUAACGAGUACAACGAUCAUUUAUUGUUAUAAUAAUUCAUUUAGAUGAAGUCAGUUCAGCUUUAAUUAAAGGAUUCAUUCCUUAACCUUCACUUCCAGCUUCAUUAUAGUCAUGUUUUCUACAUAAAUAAAAAACACUUAUAGACAUAAAGCAGCUUUUUAUGCAGCCUUUAUAUUUGCCACUACUAUGUAAAAGCACAUUUAUUCAAUCAUAAAUAUGUGAAUGUUGUACAGACGUGUUUGUGUUUAAAUAUAUCUAAAGGCUCAGCGUCACCGUUUAACAUUCACAAGAUGUUUUCAUCUGCAGACCAGCGUGUUUUACACUUUAGUUACAGAACGUUAAAAUAUUUUAGUGUAUAAAUAUACAUAAUAAUAAUAUCUAAGUGGUAGAACACCUGUACACUGUCACUGUUAGGACGUUUUUGGAUUCGUAAACGAGCAGAAUAUCGAUGUUUUUUAGCUUAACGUCAGUAAAUACGAGAUAUUUUUAAAAAAAGGAGUAAAUCUGUUAAAAACAAGCAUUCAGGUUCUGUUAGUGCAUGUUAGCCUUUAAAGAACGCUUUAGAGAAGAACGUUCUGGUUCCUGAACCCUGGUGACCUGUGCAGGUUCUGGUUCCUGUUGGCUGCAGAACAAAUGUUUUUCCGUGUUCUCGGUGACGCUCGGCUGCAGGUGAGCUGCUCCGACCGACGGGUAGAACCCACCCGGUCCUCGGAUCCACAGAACUCCUCGUUCCGUCUGCUGAGUUCAGUGGAGUUUGUUUUGUUCACCUUUAGACCCUGAAACACGAGGAAAUAAAUAAUGUAACCAGAUGGAUCCUGAGCUGAAAGGUUCCAGGUUCCACUUCAUUUCUUCCUUUAAACUUCCACUCAGCUUCAGAACCUUCAUGUGUUUUCAUCUAAACACUUAGAACAGAUCUUUAGGGUUUCAACACCAGUGUUCUUUCUUUUAGGGUUAAUUAAAGGAUUAAUAAUCAUUGUUCAAAUGCCUCCAGAAGGCGGUUCCGCAAUGUUCUCUACAUGAAUAAAAAUAAUAACAUGUUAGACAUCAUUUUCUCCAAUAAAAAAAAACUCACAGAGAUUAAAUCAUUUUUACUGAUUUCAGUUCAACAGAAGGAUUCAGAUCUUCCGUUUUAGACGUUUCCCUCUGGACAGAAAUUGUCUUCAAGAUCAAUCAGGAACCCAUCAACAGGGAACCCGUCAAUGAGGAACCUGUUUAUGGGGAACCAAUUCCAACCUGUCGAUCAGGAACCCGUCGGUGGUAGAGCUGGUUUCUAUCAGUGUUGGGCGGAGCCUCUGGAACAGGAAGUUUAGCAGAACUACAAACAUGUCCUGAAUCUCUAAACCUGACUGAGGUGUUCCACUGCUAAGGCUGCUGGGUAAUGUAGUCUGUAGAGAGACUGAUCUGAUUGGAUCGUGAUGCUGUUUGCACGUGCUCAGUGUCAAAGCUCUUAGAGGAACACGUUUCCUGUUUGAACAGAAACGUUCUCAAAGGCUUAAAAGACGUUUAGGAUGAAAUGAAAACUCUACAGUGUGAAAGACCGUCUGAACCGUCUGCUUUAUGAUCAGUGUUGCUCCAGCAGUGAUUAAAAUGUUCCACUAGUCCUCAUAAAUGUCACCAUAAUAUAGUUUCUAUGUUCAAUAACUUAACUGUUAAGCUGCAUUUCAUCUAAAAUUCUCCACUCUGUAGUAGAAAUAUAUAUUCAUUAUUUUAAUUAGAGUUGGAAAUCUAGUUUCCAACUUUCAUUAUUUUAUUUUUUUCACUUUAUAUCAUUGCAUUUUACUGAUUUAAUGACAUUAAACUGAAAUAUGAAGCUCUUUGACUCCAGAAUGAUUAGUUUGACAUAAAGACGUUAAAAUCACCAAUCGACUGAUAGACAGCAUCUUCAGACUCUCUUUAUCAUUUUAAAUAUUCAUUUAGACUUUAAAUUUUACGUUUUUACUGAAAAUAUAUAUUAGUUCUAAGUAUCAGUCAAUCGAUAAUAUCAGCCAUUAAAAGUACCGUCAGCUGCCCCCUAAUGUAACAUUUAUACGACGUUAAACUGGGAUGUUGAUUAGAACUACUCAAUUUAUUUUGAAAUCACCAAACAGGACGGGAGUCUAAAGUUAAAGCUGAUCAAUCAACAGUAUUGAUCGCUGAUUGGUGGAUUCAGUGGACGUUGUUGGAGCAGCUCAUCCUGAAGCUUCAGUCUGAUGUCACCGUUUUUAUGUUUGUGAUGAUUCUGAUGUAAAUGAUGAAGAUGAUGAUGAAGAUGUUUGAUCGUAUUGAUCUGUGAUCAGAGAGCAACGCUGGCCGCAGUAGAAGAAGAAGAUGAGAUGUUUCUGUCAGACUUUAUUUUCUGUAGAAGAAGUUUCCUCCUUCGUCCAGUCGGCCUGAACGUCAGCUCCUUUGGUUUGUUUUUGGUUUGUUUUCAGUUUGUUUUUUGUUUUUGUGUUUGUUUUGUGUUUAUUUUUUGUUUGUUUUUGGUUUGUUUUUGGUUUAUUUUUAGUUUGUUUUUUGUUUGUUUUGUGUUUAUUUUUUGUUUGUUUUUUGUUUGUUUUCGGUUUAUUUUUAGUUUGUUUUUUGUUUGUUUUCGGUUUGUUUUCAGUUUGUUUUUUGUUUUUGUGUUUGUUUUGUGUUUAUUUUUUUGUUUGUUUUUGGUUUGUUUUCGGUUUAUUUUUAGUUUGUUUUUUGUUUGUUUUGUGUUUAUUUUAGUUUGUUUUCAGUUUGUUUUCGGUUUUCUGAACGUUUCUGUAUAAAGCCGACACUGUAGCUGCUUGGCUAUCGAGAUUCACCUGAAACACUUUUAGAAGAAGUGAAAUGUGAAAUUUUUGCAAAGUUCAGUGUAAUUUAAUCGACACCGUUCAGUUGUUGCACUUUGUUGAAUCCAGUCGAUGUUUUUAGUGAAACUGAAACUUAAACCUGCGAAGCGUCAAAUCUGUGAACAGCAUCAACAGUUUCUGUAAUAAAAUCAUAUUUAUUUGA